AUGCUCAGGUUGCGGCUUGACCGGGAUGACAAAGGUGCACCCUUCGGUCUGAUCCAGUUUAAGGAAUUGGGCAUUGCACGUGGCUGCUGCCACCUGACUGAAGCAGCGCCUUUUCUGUUCCGGUCCUUUGGUCCUUUGGGGUUUGUCCAGCAAUUUCCAGGUUUUACCAAGCCCAGAACUCGAGAUUUGCUGUUGGUGAGCAGAGGCUUGCGUCGGACCUUUCUGGUGGAUGACCACGUGGUGCUGAUUUCCGAGUCCAAAUCCGAGGUGAAUUCCACAGACAUCGAAGAAGCCACGGUGGAGUUCCAACAUCCCUGCAUCGACCGCGCCCUAGCAGCGGCCAGUGGCGGGGAACAGACCAAAGCACCUCAGGGGAAGUUCUGGGAGGAUCUGGCGGAGAAGCGACGGCAGCUCUACAACUCCAAGCUGGAACAAGUUCGGCAGAACGCCGAGGCCAUCCUGGGACCAGGCGUGGCGCCCUCACCGCCGCCCUCCCCCGAGGAGGACGACUUUUUCGCCUGGGCGAAGCAAGCAGUGGCCUGGGCGGUGCCCAUGGACCCCGCGGCGGAGGAGGCGCAGGAGGAGGCCCCAGAUGGCAUCCAGGAGGAGGAGGAGCGAGGUCCGGUGGAUUUGGAGGAACAUCCAGACAUCGUUCCAGGAACGGAGCUGGCGGUGCUCAACGACUCCUCCGAGGAGGAGAUCUCCGACGGCGCCUCCGAGGAGGGCGGCGUGGACGUGGUGGGCGGCGCCUUUGCGGAUGGCCCCAAGGCGCGGAGGCAGCGCCGGGCGGCGCUGCGAGCGCAACGCAACAAGACCAGGCCCAAGGUCGCCGUGACGCAGGUGACGCCGUCGCAGUGGGCCGCGCAGCGUGCGCAGGCCAUGGAGCGUCUCCAGUCGUCGCCGGCGCAGUGGGCGGCGGCACGGCAGCGGGCGCUGGAACGGCUCAAGGCCAAGCGCCCGGCUGCAGGCCACGUUGUGAGCCUGGAAGAGGUCCAGCUCGAGGAGACGGAGAUGGUGCUGGAGACCGUCCCGGAGACGGUCCCGGAGACGGUCCUCGAUCUGGACGUGGAGCCGAAACCCAAACGGGCCAGGCUGUGCAUCCUGCGUACUGUGCAACGAACGGGUGCAAAGUAUGCCCUAUGGUCACACCAGAAGCUGGCGGCAGCUGCAGGUUCUUCGGGGAGACAGGUGGCGACAGGCGUUCCAGCCGAUGUCAUCGAGACACUUUCGCAAGGCAGAGAUUGCAAGGAGUGCCAGUCUCUAGACGCACGGGAGUCUGCAGCGCUGGCGCUCUCGGAUGCGCUGCUGGAGGCUGGCAUGAACGUCAGCGAGGCAACCUAUGCCGUGGCCCUGGGUGCCCUGGGCGAGCGCCAAACUUUCGAGGUCGCCUGCACCGUUGGAUUUUACCUUCUCCUGAGUUCUGUCCUCAAGACCUUCGAUGUGUGCCUUCCCAACCCCGGCUCCGUAGAGUCCACUUGCUUGGCCUGGCGCUGGGAUAUCUCACCCACUGCCAGGCUUUUUCCUCACAUCGCUGGAGAUCGAAACCAGCUGGAAGGCCUUUGUUUGGCCGUAACUCAUCAAGAGCUCAGCAGGAUGCAGGAGUAUGGACCUGCAACCGAAACACCUGAACUUCGUUGUGCCUUUCCAGUCAGUGUCGCAGCGCGCCAGAAGGCUUUGGCAAAGUCCAGACAGCUUUGCGCCGAAGAGAAGGAGGAUGAGACCUUUAAGACGAAGGUGAAGCCAUUGUUGCAAGGUUUCCAAGGACGGACACUGUCUCGUCUUUCUGACACCCUUCGCUUCGCAGACUGGGAUAGUGAUGGGGACAUGGAUAUCCUGGUGACAGCAAAUAAUUCCCUUUGGUUUUACGAGAGGCUUCCAGGUGACGCUUUCGAGAAGCACCAGUUGAUGAAUCUUCCCAGCCGCCCUGGCCAGCUACAAGGUUUUGAAGUUGCAGACUGGGAUGGUGACAAGAAGCCGGAUAUACUGAUGUGCCUGCUUUCUGGAUAUUCUGGAUAUUUUCAAUAUCUUCUAGAUCUUCUAGAUGGCACUGCUGUGAGAUCAGUGAGAUUUCUGAGCCACUCCGUUGUUCUUGCUGGUGUGACCAAUAUUUCUGAACAACCGAUGAUUUUGCAGACAAAUGCAUCACAUUUAAGGGCAUGCAACAUGCAAGCGGUGGACUUUGACGAAGAUGGUGACCUUGAUCUUGUGAUGGGUAAAGGGUACUUCGAACGAGUCUUGGAUGAAUUGGAGGAGCGGACUGGCGAGCAGAAUCCGUUGCAGGCCUUCCCAGGCCAAGUGGAGCGGAUUGCGGAUCUGGACGGCGAUGGACGUUUGGAUGUGCUGGUUGCAGCCAGGAACUCCGCGGAGAAAAGGUGGCGGUACUUCCGGCGCACGGCUGCUGGUACCUUCGUUGAGUCGUGGGAGAAUCCAUUAGCAGAGAUGCAACCUUCCAAAUACUCGUACGACAUUACAGAUACUUUGACCGAUACUACAUGUUCCCCUGUAGAAAUACACGUGGCAGAUUGGAAUUCUGAUGGGCUUUCAGACGUCCUGUUCGUAGGCUUCUGUGAUGUCCGGUCUUAUUACCAGCAUGUGGUGGACCGAGACCUUCGGCGCAAUUCUCAUUUCAAGAUGUAUGAGGACAUCCAGCUGUCUCGCCGCUCCAGUUUCGUUGUGCAGGACUGGAACGAGGAUGGCUUUGAGGAUGUGAUGGUUGUGGAGGGGGGGAAGUAUGGCAAUGGCUGGACGUUGCGCCGGUAUGAAUUUCAGCCAGGGCACAUGAAGGAAGUGCUUGGCCUUUCUGGCACUCUCAAUUUAAACAAUUUCGGCUUUGGGACAUUCCUCGGCGUCAGCUUCAACAAUGGCUUUGCGUUGGUAGACUGGGACCGAGAUGGAGCCUUGGACCUCCUCAUUGCUUCGGAAUAUGACGGCAAGCUCCAUUUUCAGCCAAAUCUGGGUGAAGAGCCGGCAGAACAUCCCUUCAAGAAGAUUGAACUCAAGAAACAGCCCGACCAAGAUCGAACAAUUUGGAUUUUUGCCAAGCCCAUGGUGGUGGAUUGGGACAACGAUGGUGACUUCGAUCUAUUUUUGGGUCCACCAGAUGGGCGCUAUUUUGAACACUUGGCAGAUGGAAGUUUACGUGAAAAGCAAAGCCCUCUGGUAAGUGCCAUGCAAUCGUUGCCGCCAAAUUCAGACCAUACUGGUAGAAGACGGCGGGCUGUAUAUGCCCGAAAUUGGCAAUUUGUGGAUUGCGAUGCAGAUGGAGAUUUGGAUUUAAUCCAAAUACCUGAUAGCAAUGCUCCCGCUCAGGCCUGCGAACAUGAUGAUGGCACGCAUGAACUCCGAUGUGACCCUGAUUUUCUCUGCUUGGGCACCGAUGUCAGCCAAUAUCAGGGAGGAGCUGCAGACGAGGGAAGCUUCUUCUCUGUUUUGGAUGGUCAGCUGAAGCUCUUUGUGCGAAGACCGAGUGCAUUUGGGGUUGGGAUUGAGCUUUGGACUCCGGGCUUCUGUGUACCAAGUGACCUUUGUAACAACAAGGGACGGUGUGUGCCCGGGGAAUCGCAUUGCAGAUGUAAUCUAGGCCAUGAGGCCGCGGACUGCUCGAGCUGCCACGAGCACUUCUACAGCGUACGGCGGGAGGAGCUGCAAGUGCAACACUGCAAGGCAUGUCCUGGUGAUGUUGCAGGUGGCAAGGUGUGCUAUGGUCGUGGCACCUGCUUUGAUGAUGCAAUGGCGAAAAGUCUUCAGCAGGAGUCUAUGGCUGCAUGGAUGGCGAUAGGCAAUGGCUCAUGCAACUGCACUGAAGCCCAUUUUCAUGGAACAGAUGAGGACGGCCGAAGUGCAUGCAUGGACGGCCAUUGCCCAGCUGGCACAGAAGAGGUUGAUGGAACCUGCAAUUCUUGUGCUGGCGGAUCCUUUUCCGCUGCCGGAGGCCUUUGCCAAGAAUGUGGAGCUGGAAAGUUUUCCCGCAGGGGAAGCACCAACUGUUCAAGUUGUGCUGCAGGAAGAGUUUCAAAGACGUCAGGUAGUUCAACUUGUGAACCCUGUCGGGCCGGAACCUACGAAAGUGACAAUCAAUUCUGCAACGCAUGCCCGCGAGGUCAAAUUUCAGUCGCAGGCAGUGCAGCCUGCAGCCCGUGUGAUGCGGGGCGUUUCGCCAAAGAUGGUGUGGUGUGUGAAGCAUGUCCGGACGGAACCAUUUCUAUUAACGGCAGCAGUGAGUGUCACAGCUGUCCCUCUGGGACCUAUUCUGACCCAGGCAGCAACAGUUGUUCCGAAUGCCCUGCAGGAACAAUCUCAAAGGUUCCAGGCAGCAUUGCAUGUCAGCCAUGUGCAGCAGGCACUUAUGCACAGCAAGCCAGUGCAAACUGCAACCUGUGCCCACGAGGCACUAUUUCCAAAGAAGGCAGCGCGGCUUGCAGUCCAUGUGAGGCUGGACGUUUUACCAGAGAGUCCCGGACGUGUGAACGAUGUCCUGGUGGAACCAUUUCUGAAAAAGGAAGCAGUGAGUGUCGCAGCUGUCCCGCUGGAAACUAUUCUCGGGCAGGAAGCAGCAGCUGUUCCAAAUGUCCGGCAGGAGCAAUCUCACAGGUUGCAGGCAGCAGUGCGUGUGAAGCUUGCCGUGCCGGAACGUAUGAAAUUAACAGGCAAGUCUGUAACGCAUGCCCACAAGGCAAAAUUUCUGCAGUGGCAGGCAGUGCAGCUUGCAGCCCAUGUGAUGCUGGCCGUUUUGCAAAGGAGGCCAUGACGUGUGAACAAUGCCCCAAUGGAACCAUUUCUGCAGCAGGACGUAGUGAGUGUCAGAGCUGUCCUUCCGGGACCUAUUCCCACCCUGGAAGCAACAAUUGUUCCGAAUGCCCUGCAGGAACAAUCUCAAAGGUUCCUGGCAGCACCGAGUGUUGGCAAUGUGCAGCAGGCACCUUCUCUUCUGCAGGAAGUAGUGAGUGUCGCAAUUGUCCUGCUGGACAGUUUUCUGAGGCAGGAAGCAGAAACUGCUCAGAAUGCCCAAUAGGAGAAAUCUCCAAGGACCCAGGUAGCAUUGCGUGCGAAGCAUGUCCAGCUGGAACCCAUGAAGUUGACAAGCAGUUUUGCAACCUGUGCCAGCAGGGUACCAUUUCAGUUGCCGGCAGUGGAACUUGCAGCCCGUGCGAUGCUGGCCGUUUUGCCAAGGAUGCUCUGACGUGUGAACCAUGCAAAGGUGGAACCUUUGCUGGUCCGAACAGCAGCAGCUGCGAGAAUUGUGGAUUGGGUGAAGUCUCCCUGCCCAACAGUGCCACAUGCAGGAGUUGUAAUGACUUACUCGUUCGAGCCGGUCCUGAUGCUACAGGACAAACAUGCGAAGUAGAGGCCAUGGACAUCGUUUUGGGCUUGAUUUGCUGCAUGACCGCAGCUUGUUUCUGCUUCCUGUUUCUGACUGGCUGCUUUGGCCGUCUUCCCAUUUCCGAUGUCUCUUCACAGGGCGACAAGGUGGUGAUCACCACUUCCAUUGCGCAUCAUUUCCUGAAACGGGCACAUCCAGUUGUGUCCUUCACUGGCACUGGGGUCCCUAACUUGGAUUCAACAUCAACAUGGAAGGUGAGAACCUUGAGUUCGUAUCAGCUUACACUCCAUGGUGAGCAGGCCUCCAUACCUUUGGAUACAUCAAAAGGACAAAUUCGCCUGAAUUUUCCACAUCCAUUUCUCUGCAUGGGCAUGUGGCGUUGCCCACUCCUUGGGUGGUGCUUGUUCUUCGCGACAGCCACUGUCACUGCAGGUGUGGCUGGCCGACUCAUGUUCUCCCUGACUGCGCUGGCAUGCGGCUUUGGUUUUUGCACUGGCUUGUUGGCCUUUGCAUUUCGGCGCAGGCAAGGUGAGAGGACUCCGUUGGCAAAAAGGCGACGCCAAUUCCUCACAGAGUGGCCUCUGGCGCUUGCGCGAUGUGACCGGGGCCCGGAUCGAUCCAUGACAGCGGGGCAGCUUCUGGACUUCUUGCAGUUCUUCGAAAGUUUCAUCAAGGAACGCUCCAUGUACUUCGUUUGUUCCAACAUUGUAAAGCCUCUCACCGAACCAUUCCAGCUGUCCUUCGUUGAGUUGCUUGGGCCCACGAAAAUGCAAUGGUUCGUGAGUCACUAUUGGGGGAUGCCAGUCCGCCACUUUAGUGAUGCGAUCCGCAAACAUGCUCAGUGCUGUGAGGGGGACUGGCGAGACUCAGCCUACUGGAUUUGUACCUUUAGCAAUAGCCAAUGGGAUGUGAAGGCUGAACUUGGACAUGGAAAAUGGCAGGAGUCGUCAUUCUAUCUUGCGCUCAGAAGUCCAGAUUGCCAGGGUACCACCAUGAUCAUCGAUGAGCUCGUUUUGCCCCUACAGCGUAUCUGGUGCCUCUUCGAGGUUUACCAAACUAUUUCCCUGUCGCAAAGCGAGUGUUUCCAAGGUUUGCUGCUUUGCACGUCGGCUGGCGUCCUACAGAAAGGGAAUGCUGGGACAGAUGUGGCAGUGGCUGUGGCCAAGACUGUGGCUGAUUUAGACACCCGCAGUGCUGAAGCCACGGAAGAAUCGGAUCGGCUGAUGAUUCACGCGCUGAUUGAAAGCAUGCCAGGAGGAUUUGAUGCGAUGAAUACUUUCGUUCGAGCUACGAUUUGCAAAGCUUUGGAAGCCUCUCAUAUUCACUACGAGACUACCCUGAAGACCUUGAUGCAGAAUUUGACUUCGCAAGUGGUGCCAUCCGCCCCUUUGCCCACACUUCUCACUAGCAGCGCGCGGCGGGCGGAGCAGGCAGAGACGAAGUCAGACACCAGCUAG